GUCGUUUCCCCCUCGAAAAUCCACUCAUCCCGCGUCCCGGGUCUGGUGGUCAGCACUUUGGAUUUCUGGGUCUCCCGUUUACCCGCCUCUUCUUUCCUGGGACCGGCGACCCCAUUUCAUACUCCAUCCUGCUCAACCUUCCCUUGACUCUGUCCACUUACUAUCUCACAACACCUACACUGAGGCGGUCUACAGUUUUCCAAGAGGAGACACCGACACUUUGACAAUGCAGCAGAAACCUUUUGAAUUACGACUUCAAGAUGCUGCUUCCUUUCCAACCGCCUAAGAUAAUCCCUCCAUUCGACAGGUAAACGCAAUCGCUGAUUGUUCCGAGUCGACUAUGCGACGGCAUAAUGCUCGUUUCUUCUGAAGAAGCCAAACUUGGAGGCUGGGUCUGCGCGGGUGUAUCGUUGGUGAUAUUGAUUGUUCGGAUCAUUGCGGCGAGGAUACACUAUGGAUCGUUCGACGUCAGCACUGCUAUUUGUGUCGCUUCAGUCGUUACCGUUGUGAUUCGCCUUGUCGUGAAUCAGUAUGUCCUUACUUAUGGCACCUCAAACGACGCUCUGAAUGGAAAAUCGACGUAUUUCGACUCCAAGGACCUCGAAGAUCUCAAGAUCGGAAGCAUUCUAUCACUGAUCGCGCGACUUCUUAUUACGACAAUUUGCUGGCUUCAGAGUUCCUUGUUGUUGCUGUUCUACUCCCGCAUUUUUGAAAUCAGGGCGAAAUGGACCACCAGACUUAUCCGAAUUUGUUGGAUUGCAAUUCCUGUCACCUACGUUGGUGUGGUGCUGGCCACCUUUCUCGAAUGUCAACCAUUUCAUCUAUAUUGGCAGGUCAAACCCAACCCAGGAACAUGCAUCAAAGCUUAUAUUCAGCUGCUUUUGCAAGGAAUUUCAAACAUUAUCCUGGAUUUACUCCUGUUGGCAACUACUUAUCCGCUCCUUGCUGCGGUGCGCCAUCGAAGCAUUUCUGAGCAGCUUAGAGUUGGUGUAUUAUGCUGUCUGGGGGUUUUCUGCAUCGUCAUAACACUGGUUCGGAUUGGUUACAUUUACGCCGAGCAGUCGUAUCAGCCGGUGCGCAGCUUCUUCGCGUCUGUCCAGAUAGCUGCCUCGUGCUUCGUGGCCAACAUGCCGACGAUCUAUGGCUGUGUCAGAAUGAUCAGAAGGCGUAAAUCGCACCAAAUGCAGAGACGGGGAAGUCGACCGGAAGUUUGGCUGCAGCUUCAAGUCACCAAUGAGAGCAAUACUUCAUCCAAUGUCCCGAUCGCCAUGCGAGAGAACAGUUCGUCAAAUAGUUCAGAGAAGAAGUGGUCGCGCCUAAUCCCCUAAUGCCUCGUGGGUGUCGGCAACUACCGGAUUAACAUCCUCCCAGGACCGCGCGAAUCUAUCAUAUUCAUCGCAUAGGGAUAGUCUGAAGGAACUUCCCGUGUGCUUCUAGCCGGAAAACUCCGUUUCUACCAGAAUCCUGAAUGGAGAGCAUUCGCUGAACAGCUCAGGCGUUUGAAAUCCAUAAGCGCCAGUCAGCGAGUCCGGCAGAGUUCAAUGAGCAAGAGCGCAACGAAGUGUUUCAAGGACCUGCAGGUUCGGGUCCUGUCAUCACAGGUCAGAUGUGGUGGAAAGGGAACCCAAUAUAAGGAAGAAAGGGGCCUGUCGAAGAGGUGGCAGAUUCUGACUGCGAAAACGGCAGAAGGGGAAGGCCCCAAAAGUGACAGCAGGCAUAGCUCGAAACUGGUUGCGUGUGAGCAACGGAUCUCCCUAAAGUUGUCACAAGGAGACUCACCCGGAUUGCGGACCAAGAAGCGCAACAAUUGCUAUGCUUCAACCUGACACUCGAUGUGUCGCUUGCGUCGAUGCAACGCUUCUCCGUCAGAAUACCUUUAUUUGGCCACAGCGCAUAUUCGCGGCUGGCCAUGGUGAUAAAGGCGACGAGAUUGGCAACGAGCAGACAUCGAUUCAUGAUACCGGCAUUUGAGGAUCGUUCGGGAGAUACAUUGAUCUCCUAGAGAUGAAGGAGUAGAGGCGAGAAGCCACAGAGGGCUGGAAACCCUGCACCGGAGCGCAGCGAAGUCCCUAGCCCCAUAUCCGUAGAGGAUGUGAAUGGGCCGAUUGUGGUAUAAGGCCACGAUGCCUACCACUUGAACAUAGCGAAAGAGAAAUGACAAGGCAAAACGGGAAUAGACAUGAUAUAUGACAUUUGAAUUAAAA